UCGAUGGUUGGAUGUGAGUCAGAGCAGAGACAGCACGAGUAGCGAAUUGAGGACAAGCAUUUCUUACUCUCUGACUGUUUGGCCGUGGUGGACUGUUUGUGUCACCCCAAACAAACCCCUACCUAAUUAGAUUUUAUAUAGUCUUUACAGUGCCUGCACCAGUCAGCUGUAAAGUUUAUGACCUGGAUAGCUCUGCAGUCUGCAAAAUGUCCAACUCAACAUGUCAUUUGGUCUUAAAAUACACGGGCUCAUCCAACUAACGAUGUGUUUUAGAAAACUUCACUUGUUUCCAGAAGAAUUUGACCUUUUUAUUUUUGAAGAGAUUUCUACAAACAAGCUUUUGAAACAAGACAGGAUGUGACUGAUGCAGAAAAUUGGCAGCUGCUCUUAUAAAACACUUAGCUCAGGAAAUCAAACAAAACAUUUGUGAUAAAAAAUGAUCACGUCCAGUGGUGAUAUAUCACUCAAGCUUUAAAUCUAACUUUAAGACCCGUAAUAAAACUGUAGGAUGAAAUGAUUUUAGCUCACAUGGUGAACAGUCUGUGCUCACUAUCUCCACCUUCUCUGUUCUUGUUCAGGGUGCUGAGACACGGCCAGGAGCCGUGACAGGACACCGGCCAGAGAGAGAAGAGUUUGGCCGCGAAAAAAAGAAAAAGAAAAAAGAAAAGCGAGAAGGAGGCGCCUCUCGCGUUGAAGUUGAGCCGCUUUUAGAUGGAUUCUUCAUGUUUGCUCCAGCCUCAGGGGAGUCAGCCUGCGAGUCACCGUGACAGUAAGGUGUAAAACAUGACACAUCGCAGCGUAUGGAUUGCCAAACCCAUGAGUUGCACGCAGCGUGGAAGAAGAAGCGGCUCUCCCGUCCUCUCCGGUGCGCACUGGGAGCGGAAGGUUGCGCACAGGACAGCUGGUGGGACCAGAUGGAGGGUUCGGAGGAAGGAUAGACAGGAGAUUACCUCUGUAAUGUCAGCAAGGGCCAAGGUGCUGCUCUGGGUGCUCCUCUCUCUGCUGCCUCUAGCGGAAGGAGCUCAUGUGAAGGCUGGUGCUGCUGGUGUGGGAUCAGACUCAGGCCACGCUGUGGGCCUGCUGGGAGGCCAGGAGGAGCGAGAGCUUCCUGUGACGUUGCCAGAGGUGGUGGAGGACGAGGAGCAGGAAGACGACAGCGACCCUUACUCUACUUGGCAUGCUCUAUAUGACCCGUUUGUAAUGGACGAGGUGGAUGACCAUCCCAGUAGUCGCUGGGCGGGGCGCUCUCCGCGCUCCUCUGACCCCACAGAACCUCAACCCAAGGGAUCACAGAAGAAAAAGAAGAAGAGGAAGAGGAAAGAAAAGGAGGAAGAGGAAGAGACAGGAAAAAGAGAUAAAAAGGGUAAAGGUAAAAACAGGCGGCCAAAGCAGAGCAGCAGGGACUGCCGUGUAGAGAAGAGAGAGAUGAGGGUUCGGGACCUGGGCCUGGGGUUUGACUCGGAUGAGAUUGUCCUCUUUAAGUUUUGCGUGGGCUCCUGCCAGUCUUCAAGAACAAAUUAUGACCUGGCGCUGAAGACGCUGCUGGAAAAUGGGUCGCUGCCUCGGCGCAAGGUCAGCAGCCACCCCUGCUGCCGGCCCGACCGGUACGAGUCGGUUUCCUUCAUGGACGCCCAGACCACGUGGAGGACCAUCCAGUCAUUAUCUGCCGCCAGCUGCAUGUGUAUGGGCUGAAGAGAUGAACGAGGGAGAGGGUGGUGAGAGCGGGUGUCACCCAUCCUGAAGAGAGAGGAGUCGAGAGGCCUGGAUGUAGGAAACAGCCAGAGGGGGGCGCUGUCAUAUACACAGAGCAGAGGAAGGGAUGAAGGCCACUGUUUGACUUCCUGUGGUGCAGUUCCAGUCGAGGAGGAAGAGGUCUGGGUGCAGCUGGACGAUAGGAAGCGAAGGUCAACGACAGAGACUGAGGGGGAGGUCAUCAGGGAAUCACAGUCUGGAUUUACAGUUGCAUCAUCAAAAGGAUGAAUUGUUUCCAAGUGAAUAACUGGCAACUAAUGCAGGAUACAGCCGAGCAGUUAUUAGUCAUAGAGGAGACUCUUUAUGUGAACGUGACUGUUUUGAUUUGACAUGGGCGAGACCUGAAGGCAUGAGCUCAACAGAUAGACACAAAAGAAAAGACACAGUUAAAGGACUGACGCUGUGUUUAUACUCUGAUUCCAACUAAAGAGACUCGUAUGAUGUUCACUGUUACUCACAGUGAAGCCAGCUCCUAACAGAAGUUCAAGAUCAUUGUUUUCACACACAGAAAAAACAGGGACAUUACAUCGUAUCAUUUCUAUGUUCAGGUGAACUCAGCCAAAUGGAUGCCAUGCAUCUUCAUGUAUUACUGUAUAAAAGUAAAAUAUAUUUAUUUCUGAUAAAUUAUUUAUUUAUUAUAGCUUCAUAUGAGAGCUGUUUUUAUGAACUAUAUAUUGUAGAUAAAUAUCUAUUUAUUGCCAAGAUUCAGAUUUCAUGUUGGCAGUUACUUCUGCUCGCAUACAGUACAUUCAUUUUGUUUUUUUAAAGGUGCUGAUUUUUCACAUUUAUUAAACGCCUCAAGAACCUGAUCUGAUCAGCUGAUUUUAUCGCUUGGAUGCAAUUUACAUUUCUGAAAUUAGUUGAGUGAUUUUUAUAAAACAGCGACAUUAUCCAGAACAAGGAUAUUCCCUUACAUUUCAUCCCAGGGAGACUAUUUAAAAAUCGUUAUAACUGACAUCAGAAACAAAUUGACCCACAUACUUGAGAGCUAGUUUUGUGGUGCACUCUGGGUAAUGAUAUCAGCUUUUCCACAGCAUAAAGGAAAUUCAGUUUUACAUGUAGAAUGUAUGUACAGCAAACAAGUGAAACAUUUAUACUACAGGACCUCAACAUUUCUCUUUUUAAACUGGUCGAGUAAUUAAAUUCUGUAUGUCUCAUUAUUAUUAUUAUUAUUAUUAUUAUUAUUAUUAUUAUUAUUAUUAUAAAGCUUCUUUUAUUUUUGUAUGGUAUUAUCCUCUAAGGGAAUAAAG